AUGGCGACCCUCCACGAGCACUCCAACGGCUGGCACCCCGGCGAGCUGGCCAUGCACCGCCUGCUCAAGGUGCCGACGUCGAGCCACGGCAACCCGACCAACGCGGGGCUGUCGUCCGCGCACGGCUACCGCGUGAGCAUCUCGUCGCUUGCGGCCUUUGGGACCCUAGACGCGCAGGGCCGGCCCUGGACGACGGUGUGGGGCGGCGAGCGCGGGUUCGCGCGGCCCGUCGCGCAGAACAUCCUCGGCGUGCAGAGCCUCGUCGACAGGGCCCACGAUCCCGUUGCGCAGGCGCUGCUCAGUGGCGCGGGUGAGUCUGAUGGGGACGCGGCACCGCCGAUCGUCCGGCCCGCCGACGGCGGCAAGAUGAUGAGCGGGCUGAGCUUCGACCUCGAGACGAGAGACCGCGUCAAGCUGGCCGGGAAGAUGGUGGUCGGCUCGCUGGAGCUGCGGCUGGCGGACGGCCGAGGUGACAGCAGCAGCGUCGGUGAGGCCCAGAUCGGCAUGCUCGUCCAGGAGGCCCUCGGCAACUGCCCCAAGUACAUCAACAAGAAGGACGUCGUCCUGCACCUACCCGCCCCUCGGCUGCUGUGGUCGUCUUCGUCGUCGUCGUCGUCGCCACUGGCCCUGCCGGCCGAGGCGCUCACCCUGAUCGAAAAAGCCGACAUGCUCUUCCUGUCGUCGACCAACGGCACGACCAUGGACACGAACCACCGCGGCGGGCCGGCGGGCUUCAUCCGCGUGGUCAGCAACUCCCCGAUAACCACAGAAGACAGCAGCAACGGCGGCAGCGGCAUCGUGAUCGCGUACCCCGAGUUCUCGGGCAACCGGCUGUACCAGAGCCUGGGCAACCUGCACGUGAACCCGCGCAUCGGCGUGUGCAUCCCCGACUACGACACGUCCGACGUGCUGUACCUGACGGGCGAGACGCAGCUACUAGUCGGCGCGCAAGCCGCCGCGCUGAUGCCGCACACCAAGUUGGUCGUCAAGAUCGCCGUGCGCGAGGCCCGCCUCGUGCGCGACGGCCUGCCGUUCCGCGCCCAAGCCGAAGAGCCCAGCCCCUACAACCCGCCCGUCCGCCGCCUGGCCACCGAGGGGGGCCUCGCGGCUUCGCUGCUUGAUACCGGUGCUACUGCAAGCGAAGCUAGAGAGGGGGGAGCAGUCGCGACGCUCGUCUGCCGCGAGGUCAUCACGCCCAACAUCAACCGGUUCACAUUCACGCUCGCAUCCUCAGGCACAUCCAAGCAGCCGGUCGCCUUGUGGCAGCCCGGGCAGCACGUCACGCUGGACUUUGGCGCGGAGCUCGACCACGGGUGGUCGCACAUGCGCAACGACGACCCGCAGAGCCUGAACGACGACUUUGUGCGCACGUUUACCGUGUCCAACACGCCUCCACCUCCCUCAAGUGCCAGCAACCCACAAAACACCGAGCUGCAGAUCACGGCCCGGCGCCACGGCCCCGUCACGCGCCUGCUGUGGACCCACCAGUUACGGGCAGCGGCGCCGCUCGAGAUCCCCGUCGUCGGCUUCGGCGGCGGCGAGGGCUUCCGCAUCAGCAGCGGCAGCAGCAGUAACAAAAAAGCCGUCUUCGUGGCCGGCGGAGUCGGCAUCACGCCGCUGCUAGCACAGGCCCCUGGACUGUUCCUGUCGGCUGCAGCUGCGUCCGGCAGCAAUACAUCACAACCGCCAGCGCUAUCGCUACUCUGGAGCCUGCGCGCCGCGGACCUGGGGCUGGCGGUCGACACGUUCCGCCGGUUGCCCGGGCUGGCGCCACUGACGAGGCUGUUCGUCACGGGCGGCGACAAAGAAGAAGACGAGACGGCGGCGGCGGCGUUGCACGAGAUCAUAGGCGAGAAGCAGGUUGUGUCGCGCCGGAGGAUGGCGCGGAGCGACCUUCUGGGCGCCAAAGCGGGUGUUCAGGCGAAAUUCUACGUGUGUGCGGGCCCGGAGAUGACGGGCGUCGUGCUGGCGUGGCUUGGGGAUGGGGAGGAGGUGGUGACGGAGAGUUUCAACUAUUGA